GUGAAGAAAAACGAGAGAGAGGUGGCGGUUCGGUCUGAAGCACAAUGGGCAUGUGUGACAACGUUUUGUUUUUAUGUUUCAAUAAACCACGCUUGUUUCUUUUUAUCGAAAGAUAGGAACAGGAUGACAGCUAAUUCAAUAUUCAUUUUUCAAAGCAUGUGCUACAUUGCAAUAAAUAAUCUUCGUUUUCGUUGCUAACUGUGAAUAUAUUAAACAUGAUAUGUUAUGGAGGUGUCUGACAUUUAUGGAACAAUCAAUUAUAAAGAAUACUUCGUUCUUAUUCUUAUCUAUUGUUACUUGUCUCUGAAUUCGAUGCAUAUUAUUGAGAUUACCAAAAUAAGAUUGAUCCCAUCAGUUUGUUCCACUUCAUCAAUAAUUUGUAAAAAGAAACAAACCGUUUCAAUAAUUUUUACGGCAAAUUUUAGAAGCAAAUUUCUUUUUAACAUCGACGACACCAAAAUAUCGAGCAAGACAAGAAUCUGAACAAGACCCAAAUGGAAAAAGAACAUUCGAUCAUUCGGAGUGAAAGUGAAUCAUUUGAAUAAAUGUUUGAACAUAAGUUAUAUCUUUUUUAUUGCAGUUGAUCCAUCAACUGAAUUCGAUAUAAUAUUUUCUCCUUAUAAAGCUACAAGUAAUAAUAGCAGCUAUCGUGACAAAAACCUGAUGAUAACAAGCGUUAAUCAAAUGCCAUGUGGGCUAUCUUCUCCUCUUUUUAAACUAAGACGAGUUGAUGAACCAGUAACAAGAAACAUAACGUUCGACGAUCUAUCGGAUCAACAUAUUCGUAAUGUGUGUCGUUCACUCCGUGAGUUUGAUAAAUUAUAAGAAUAAGUUGUUGAACUAAUAUUUACUUUAUUGAAAACAGAUGCAGGAGUGUAACCCUCGAAACAAAAUGUUUAUUAUAAUGAUAAUGAUAAUAAUAAUAGUAAUAGUAAUAAUCAUAAUAAUCAUAAUCAUAAUGAAAGGUAGAUUCCGACAUAAUUCUUUAUAACAUAUCGAAUUGUAUACAUGAAUAUUCUUAGUGACGAUCGCGGGGUAGUUAAUGCACAGCCAGAUGGUCUUGAAAAUAUUCCGAUAGGUAAGAUGAAUAGACAACAGAUAGAAAGUCUUAUUUUAAUUCAUUGAAAUAAGUUAUAGAUUCACAAUUGGUACAGAAUUCUUCUACAGUAAAUAAAAUUCAUUGAUUGAUCUUGGGAAAGAAAAAUCAUUCUAUUCAUUUUUACAGAAAAUCUCUGCCUAUAUCAAACGUGGAAGACCACCUAAAAGAUCUGUUGGAGCACAAAAACUAGCACAAGCUUUUAGUACACUAACAAAAGCCCAAAUAGAAGCACUUGAUACUACAACAUGGUCUACGAAGUUAUCAGGAAAUGCUCCAUCAGUGAAAAAGUAUAGUCAACAUGAUAUAGAUAACUUUGCUCAGAUGUUUGGUCCAGAUAUGGAAUACGAAGAUAAACAACAAAUAUAUGAAAAUAAUAAAUGUGGUGAACAGUGUUUAGAAAAUGUACUUGAUUGUGGUGAACAAUAUGUACAGGGUGGUAAAUAA